AUGCGUGAGAGACCUGAAAUUCCUUCUUUAAUUGUCUGGACCCUUGGAGGAAAGAAUGUAUAUGUUGAAGGAUCAUGGGAUAACUGGAAAUCAAGAAAAGCCAUGCAAAAAUCUGGGAAAGAUCACUCUCUUUUGCUGGUACUCCCGUCAGGAGUUUACCGAUACAGAUGUGUUGUAGAUGGAGAAAGGAGAUGCCUUCCUGACCUUCCCUGUGAAACUGAUGCAAUGGGCAAUGCGGUUAACCUUCUUGAUGUUAAUGAUUUUGUCCCAGAAAGUGUUGAGAGCGUGGUAGAAUUUGAGCCACCGCUUUCUCUAGACUCUAGCUACAGUUUCCAGGCACCUGAGGACAAGGACUUCGCCAAGGAGCCACCUGCUCUUCCAGCUCAACUCCAUCUCGGCGUCCUCAACUCACAGAACUCGGAAGAAAGCUGCGCGCGGCCGCAGCACAUAGUCCUCAAUCACCUCUUCAUAGAGAAGAUUCCAAAUUUCAAAUUCAACUUUGUGGAUAGUUUAUCUUCAGAUUAA